AUGGAGGACAAUUCGCGUGUCGUGCCCUCUGCGACCUGGGCUCUCAGGCGUCCAGGGGAGAUACGAAUUGAAGGAAUUGGUUCUAGCGCGGCAGUCUACAGUAAGGGUCAUAUAACAGUACAGAUGCAGGCUGCCUUUGACAACAACAUUAACUUCAAACUCGAGGCUUAUGUCGUGCCGACAAUAACCUCAGUAACGCCAGAUACGCAUAUAGGCGCAGAAGCUUGGAGCCAUUUAAAGGAUUUAACACUAGCUGACCCAACGUUUGCCACUCCAAGUCCGGUGGAUCUGCUACUUGGUGCUGACGUACUAACGGGUCUCUUUCAGGAGGGUUUCAUCCAGGGUUCUCCAGAGCAACUUUGCGCUUUAAACACUCGUCUUGGUUGGGUAGUAUUUGGACCAGUCAUAAGUUCUGCUCCCUCCACUUUACACACAUCUCUUACUGCGAAAUGUGUCAACGAACAACGGCUAGACACGUUACUUAGAAGCUUCUGGGAACUCGAAGAGCCCAUACUAUCAUCCGAAGUACAGGUGGAUGAUUGUGAGACGAUAUUCAACGAUACUGUUACCCGUACCUCAGACGGCAGGUACCAGGUGCAAAUAUUAUUUCGACCAGAUGCUCCUGCUCUUGGAGAAUCUCAUCAUUCGGCACUCCGCCAGUUUCUACAACUCGAGCGGCGGUUGAUGAACGACCCAUGCCUUCGUGAGCAGUACAUUGCAUUUAUGCGAGAAUACAUUGCUCUCGAUCAUAUGGAGGUUAGCAAGCAAGCUUUCACCAACAAAGAAAAUGGUUACUUCAUACCUCAUCAUGCGGUAACUACAAAAUUUCGCGUAGUUUUCAACGCUUCCGCGAAGACAUCGAAUGGGACAUCCUUAAACGAUACACAGUUUUCUGGACCCCAACUACAUGCCAAUAUUGUCGACAUCCUUCACCGUUUUCGCAAAUGCAAGGUAGCCAUCACUGCAGACAUACAGAAGAUGUUCCGACAAAUACUGGUAGAUAGACGACAUCGUAAAUGGCAACAAAUACUUUGGCGUGAAUCGCCAAAUGAACCUCUUCAAGUGUACGAAUUGAAGACGGUAACUUAUGGAAUGGCUUGUAGUCCAUUCAACGCAAUACGCGCACUGCGUCAAUGUGUGAAUGACAAUUAUGAAGUCAUCUAUGACCCAAGCCGGGCUGCCGCAGCGCGUCAUAGCAUACUUUAUAAUUUCUACGUUGAUGACUAUUUGGAUAGCGUCGACAGCGAUGAACUUGCUAUUACCCGUGCUCAAGAUGUAGCGACUAUUUUGAAACAAGGACAAUUAAUAUUGGGAAAGUGGAAUUCCAAUUCUACACACGUAUUAUCUGCGAUAACCGGUACAACAGUUUCUGCAUCAGAACUAGAGUUGAACAACUCAACAACAAAGGUAUUGGGUCUUUACUGGGAUCCAGUGAGCGACGAGCUCUUCUUCAAGGUAGGCUUAGUUGACGACACGUCAAUGCAUACCAAGCGAAAGGUUUUGAGUGACGUGGCGAAAUUAUAUGAUCCAACUGGGGUAUUGGCCCCUGUAGUCGUGGUGGCCAAACUAUUCAUACAGGACUUAUGGAAGGCUGGUCUGCCAUGGGAUGCUGAACUUCCUCCAGAGCUACUCAAUUCAUGGGUGAUAUUCCGCAACAGUUUGCCGGAUAUUACACGACUUCGUAUUCCGCGUUGGCUGGGCAUACGAGUGGGCUCUUUAGUGCAUUUACACGGCUUUUGCGAUGCUAGUCGCAAAGCGUAUGCAGCAGUUAUAUAUGUUCAAACGAUCGAUAAAGGUGGUACGUCACGCACAGCUCUUGUUUCAGCGAAGACGAAGAUAGCACCAAUUAAGGAUGUGACGAUACCACGCCUAGAACUGUGUGGUGCUCAUCUUCUAACUAAGGUGAUGGACAACGUACGUCAAGCUUUAGGUCUACAGGACGCCCUAUGUACAUAUUGGAGUGAUUCUACUAUUGUUUUGUGCUGGAUACGCAAACCACCAUCCACGUUCAAACAAUAUGUAUCCAACCGGGUAGCUUACAUCCAAGCCAAUUCAGACAUCAACGCUUGGAAGCACAUUCGCUCGGAAUCAAAUCCAGCCGACUGUGCAAGCAGAGGCUUAUCUCCCGCCGUCUUAGCAGAUCAUCAUCUUUGGUGGACCGGACCGACGUGCAUUCACCAGGACAUGGAGGAAAUGCGUUUACCUUCUUUAACGGAGGAGGAGGAGCACCUCUCGAUUGCUGAAUCUCGUGUGGUCUCCAUCUUCGUUUCCAGAGCUAAUUACCAGUGGAUUAUGACAUCCACGAAAGACAACAGGAUACCUCUCAUAGAGAAAUUUAGUAAAUUGAGUCGUUUACUUAACACCACUGUUUGGUUAAGGCGCUGGUUACCCAAAUAUCGUGGUUACAGGAACGAUGUAGUUUCAGUCGCAGAACAGCACUGGGCCUUACUUCUGCAUGUUCGACAAGCACAAGGUAAUCAUUUUAAAGAAGAAAUUAAGUCUCUUGCAUUACAUUCCAGAAUUGCGGGUCGUAGUGAAAUCUUAGCACUCAAUCCUUUCCUGGAUGCAGACGGCAUACUGAGAGUAGGUGGUCGACUUACAAACUCCGACUUAAGUGAAGAUCAGCGACAUCAAAUUAUAAUUCCGCGUGGUGCUCUGGCUUAUUUACUAGUCGCUGAUGCUCAUACACGUUGCUUACAUGGUGGCAUACAACAAAUGCUUCAGUUCCUUAGACAGCGUUUCUGGCUUAUCGGCGCACGAGCGCAAGUAAAGUCUUUCAUCUGGGCUUGCACUACAUGUCGUAGGCAUCUUAAAAUUAUACAACGUCAACAAAUGGCUUCACUUCCGAAAGAGCGUGUACUAGUGGCUCCACCAUUUUCUCGUAGUGGCUUGGAUUACUGCGGGCCAUUCUAUGUACGGGUGGGAAAGCAUCGCGCUACCCCGACUACAAAAACCUACGCUGCCAUAUUUAUUUGUAUGGCGUCACGAGCGGUUCACAUUGAGCUGGCAGAGGACUUGAGUACACAGGCAUUUAUAGAUGUUUACGAUCGUUUUAUUAGUCGACGGGGUAUCUGUGCCACCUUAUACAGUGAUAAUGGAACACAAUUUGUAGGGGCUAAUCGUCAAAUGCAGGAAGACUUAAAGGCUUGGGUAACAGCACAUGCUCAACAACAUCUGGCAGCUGAAGGUACAUGUUGGAAGUUCAUAACACCUUCCGCACCUCAUCACGGCGGUCUAUGGGAGGCAGCAGUUCGUUCAGCUAAAAAACAUCUGCUGAGGAUCAUGGGCAGCCAGACAUUGCGUUACACUGCGUGUCUAAAUUCGAGACCACUGAUAGCUCUCUACGAUGAUCCUGAAGCUCUAACACCGGGUGACUUUCUGAUCGGACGACCACUCAAUUGUCGUCCAGAUCCUCCAUUGCCUGAAGCUCCAGAAAAUCGUCUUCGAUAUUGGCAACGCCUCCAGAAAAUGUUAGAGCAUUUUUGGCGCCGCUGGCAAUCCGAAUAUCUAAAUACUCUUCAGACACGGAACAAAUGGACUAGAUCGGAACCCAAUGUUCAGCGUGGAGAUGUAGUUCUUAUACGUGGUGAAAAUUUGCCACCAUCGGUUUGGCGUAUGGGACGGGUGAUUGACGUUCACCCGGGCAGUGAUGGCCUGGUUCGUACCGUGACCAUAGAGUACAAUACCAACCAGACAUCAUCAAAUGGACUUCCUAGUAAGCAACGCUGUCAGCGACCGGUGCAGAAGUUAUGCCGCCUAACAGGUCCUACAGAAGAAUUACUGAACCGCGAGGGUUCAGCCGGGCAGGAUGUUCAAGAUUUAAGUUCAGUAAAAUGCAGUCCUGCGCAUAAUUAG